AUGUCGACGACAAAUUUCACAAGAGGUGUAACACUGACGAAAACAUUGUUACUAACAUGCUUCCCCUCAAGCCCUUUGGUGGGUGGGCCUCCACCAAAUAUAGUCUCUUACGCAGCAGUUAGCCUUCUCCUCUCCAUUACAGCGUUUCUUGGAAAUUCUCUCAUUCUUGUCGCCCUUCACAAGGAAUCUUCCCUUCAUCGACCGUCAAAACUCUUGUAUCGAUGCCUGGCAACUACUGAUCUGUUGGUAGGUAUUGUUUGCCAGCCUCUCCAUGCUACUUUAUUGAUAUCCUUGGUUCACGAACACUGGGGUGUUUGUCGUUACAUAGCAUAUGCAUGGUACACAGCAAGCUAUGCCAUAUGUGCGGUGUCUUUAUUGACGAUGACAGCCAUAAGCGUGGACAGACUUCUUGCACUGCUGUUGGGGCUGAGAUAUAGACAAAUCGUAACUUUGAAGCGCACCUAUAUCAUUGUCGCUGCCAUUUGGGCUUUUUCUCUCGUCGGGGUCUUCUUAAUCAUCAUACCUGAUUAUCAUAUAACGUACUUGUACACUGGGACAUUUAUACUACUUUGCCUGGCUAUUUCACUGGCCUCGUAUACAAAGAUUUUUUGCACUCUCAGGUAUCAUCAGACUCAAGUACACGAUCCUGUUCAUCAUCCGCCAAGCCAACCAAAUGCACUGAACAUGGCGCGAUACAGAAAGGCGGUGCACAGUGCACUGUGGGUGCAGUUAUCAUUCAUUGUUUGUUAUGCGCCAUCCUCUAUUGUAUUUUUAUUGGCAAUCGUUCAUAACGGAAUAUCUUCGUCUCACUUGUUCGUCAUAAAGGAGAUAACAAUUACCUUAUUCUACUUUAAUUCAACGUUAAAUCCGUUUCUUUACUGCUGGAAGAUUAGUGAAGUAAGACAAGCAGUAAAGCAG